GACAACCACCGCUGGCAAGAUGAACAUCAAGUUCUUGAUUGUAGUGGGCGUGGCGGCCCUGGCAGCAGCCGAGAGACUGGAGACCUACUCUUACGCCGCUCCUCAGGAAUUAUCGUCUGAGUCUGUGGAGUCUGUGGAAUCUGUUGAAUCUGUGGAGUCAGUUGAGGCACAGUACAAUUUCAACUGGGCAGUCAAUCGGGAGUCAGCAAACAACGAGUUCGACCACCAGGAGGCUCGGGAGGACGACAACACCAAGGGGUCGUACACCGUGCAGCUUCCCGACGGUCGUCUUCAAAGAGUGACUUACUACGUGGAUGGUGACUCAGGCUACGUGGCCGAGGUCAGCUAUGAGGGUGAGGCUCAGUACCCCGAGUCUGAUGAGUCUAGGGAAUAUGCCCCACCAAGACGACAAUACUCUGCCCCCGAUUCAAAUGAGUCGGAUGAGUCUCGUGAGUAUUCUCCACCCAAGCGACUCUACUCUGCCCCUGAGUCAAAUGAGUCAGAAGAGUCUCGUGAGAUUCGUAAAUACAUUCCACCUAGGCGACUCUACUCUGCCCCUGAGUCAAAGGAAUCAGAGGAGUCUAGGGAGGCUCCAACGUACACCCCACCCAGGCGACUCUACUCUGCUCCUGAGUCAGAAGAGUCAGAGGAGUCUACAGAGGCUCCAUUCCCACCAAAGCGACUCUAUUCAGCCCCUGAGUCAAAUGAGUCAGAAGAGUCUCGUGAGUCACGUAAGUAUUCUCCGCCCAGGCGACUGUACUCUGCACCUGAGUCAGAAGAGUCAGAUGAGUCUACGGAGUCUCCAUUCCCACCAAAGAGACUUUAUUCAGCCCCUGAGUCAAAUGAGUCAGAAGAGUCUCGUGAGUCUCGUAAAUAUUCUCCGCCUAGGCGACUCUACUCUGCAUCUGAGUCAAAAGAGUCAGAGGAGUCUAGGGAGGCUCCUACGUACACUCCGCCCAGGCGACUCUACUCUGCUCCUGAGUCAGAAGAGUCAGAUGAGUCUACGGAGUCUCAAUUCCCACCAAAGAGACUUUAUUCAGCCCCUGAGUCAAAUGAGUCAGAAGAGUCUCGUGAGUCUCGUAAAUAUUCUCCGCCUAGGCGACUGUACUCUGCACCUGAGUCAAAUGAGUCAGAAGAGUCAGAUGAGUCUACGGAGUCUCCAUUCCCACCAAAGAGACUUUAUUCAGCCCCUGAGUCAAAUGAGUCAGAAGAGUCUCGUGAGUCACGUAAGUAUUCUCCGCCUAGGCGACUGUACUCUGCACCUGAGUCAAAUGAGUCAGAAGAGUCUCGUGAGAUUCGUAAAUACACUCCACCUAGGCGACUCUACUCUGCCCCUGAGUCAAAGGAAUCAGAGGAGUCUAGGGAGGCUCCAACGUACACCCCACCCAGGCGACUCUACUCUGCUCCUGAGUCAGAAGAGUCAGAGGAGUCUACAGAGGCUCCAUUCCCACCAAAGCGACUCUAUUCAGCCCCUGAGUCAAAUGAGUCAGAAGAGUCUCGUGAGUCACGUAAGUAUUCUCCGCCUAGGCGACUGUACUCUGCACCUGAGUCAAAAGAGUCAGAUGAGUCUACGGAGUCUCCAUUCCCACCAAAGAGACUUUAUUCAGCCCCUGAGUCAAAUGAGUCAGAAGAGUCCCGUGAGUCUCGUAAAUAUUCUCCGCCUAGGCGACUGUACUCUGCACCUGAGUCAAAAGAGUCAGAUGAGUCUACGGAGUCUCCAUUCCCACCAAAGAGACUUUAUUCAGCCCCCGAGUCAAAGGAAUCAGAGGAAUCUGCGGAGGCUCCAACAUACACACCACCCAGGCGACUCUACUCUGCCCCUGAAUCAGAUGAAUCAAAUGAAUCACGAGAAAAUGCUUUACCAAGGCGUCGAUAUUUUGUCCCUGAGUCAGAGGAGUCAGUUGAGUCUACAGAGGCUCCAGUUUACACCCCACCAAAGCGACUCUACUCUGCUCCCGAGUCAGUAGAGUCUCUUGAGGCUCCUGUGUAUGGACUACCGAGUCGAAACUAUUUGGUCCCACAUUCCAAUGAGUCGUAAAAAGUCACCAAUAUUAAUGUGUGUGUGUGUGUGUGUGUAUGUGUGUGUGUGUGAGUGUGUGUGUGUGCGUGUGUGUGUGACAAUAUCCCACUAAACCUAUUUAUUUAUAUCUAUACUUACUGAACUAAAUGCAAUAUGUAUAAUUAUUUUCUGUAUUUUAUUUCUCACGAUCAUCAGCUGAAGAUACCUAAGAGAAUUAUCAUACAGGUGUGGAUUAAUACAUAAGACUACCUAUUUAAGGAGACUUAUCUAUAUAUCAAAUUUAUAGUAUAGCGAAUAGCAAUUUUGUAUUCCCAUUUAAAAUAAGUAUUGUAUUGUAAUUUGUUUUCUCUUAGAACUUCAGUGAACACAAAUAGAUUACCUGUUAGUUAAGAAUCCUGUAAUCUAUUUUAAUGUACCAGAAUAAUGUUCAUGAUACGUGUAUUUACAAGAGAGAUUCAUGUGAAGUGUACCAUUUAAAUCACAGCUCUAUAGGCCGGGAGUUUACAUAGCUAGUCAUUGCUCAUUGCUCAGAUAGGAAGAGCUCCACCACUAGUAAUACUAAUAUGGCACUGCAUGUAUGAGCCCCUUAGUAGCUCAGUGAGUAUUGGGCGUUUAUUGAUAAAAGUAACCCAAUUCAGGUAUUAAAAUCGACGCCCACCGCCCGAGCUGACUAUACCCAGUGUCAGCAGAUUAAAUAAAGCUAACUCAAGUAAA